GUCGCGGUUGUUACAUCUUAAAGUGUCCCCCGAUGAGGCGGCGGUGCUUCUGGCAACCCGCCGACGGAACUCUUGACAGCCCCGAUAAGAUUAUGUGGUUAACCCCUGUGUGGACUGUGACUUUAGCCACCGAACCAAUACCAAGGGUAAUUAGGGACCGUGAAGAAGUGUCCGACGAUAUAAGCGCGAAAUAAUCAAUUUGCUUAGGAAGGAAUUUGUUGUUUUCAGCUAGCAUUACCACCAUCGAACUGCUAUCAGCCAGUCAAGCUAGCAAGUUCAGAUUUAGCUCGGCGGCUAAUGCUACAUCCAUCCAUUUUUUACCGCCUGUCCAAGCUUGUGCAAAUCCUAUGAACUCGGGCAUAUCGUAGCCUCUGCAAACAUGUCCACCCCUUCGUUGGAUAAAGAACUGCAGGAGCGACUGAGAGAGGCGUGUGCCAUCGGGGACAUUGACGAGGUGCGGACAUUGGUAGAGAGUGGAGUCAACGUCAACUCCCAGAACGAAAUUAAUGGAUGGACUUGCCUGCAUUGGGCAUGCAAGCGGAACCAUAAGCACAUCGUGUCCUACUUACUAAGUAGUGGCGCGGACAAAGACAUCCUUACGGCGAAGGAGGAGAUGGCCUCACAGCUCACGUCCAAGCCAGAGAUCAAACGACUUUUAGGAGUUGAAGUGGAAGACCUGCCUGAAGUCCCGGGGCCUGAGUUGCCAAUCAUCCCCAAUUAUUUGGCGAACCCGCUUUUCAUAUACUCCAAGAUGGAUAAGAAGAAAGAGCUGCUCCUCUCUCAGCACCUUUUACAAAAUGGAUCUGUGGAACACAUUGAGACUACGGACAGCAAUUCACCCCCCCUUUCUCCAGCCGAGCACCUUCAGUUGUCUCAAAGCCUGGUCACUGAAGAGCCCUCCACAAACGGCAUCCUUCUUAACCAGGCCAGAGAAUUUGUUCCUCUGGCUGAGCAAAACGGAACGACACCGGUCUCUGGUCCACUUUACAACAACCACACGGUUGUAAACUGCACGGUGCCGGCAGAUCUGUCAGUCGAGCCUCACCUCGUCAACCACACUGUGCCACACAACGGAACCAUGUGCUCGCCUCCUUUGGCCUCGCACAGCCCGGGUUUGGCUUGCAGCAGUGGGGGUCAGGUCCAAGCGCCUGUGACUAACGCUAACCCAGCUGUAAGCAGGCAGCAGUCCGUGCCGCAGCAGAUAGGCUACAGUCAGCCGGGGGGACCUUUGCCCGCAUUCCAGCCUUUUUUCUUCACAAGCACCUUCCCAGUCAAUGUGCAAGAGUUAGUACUGAAGGUGCGUAUUCAGAACCCAAACGCGCGGGAGAACGACUUCAUCGAAGUAGAGCUGGACCGCCAGGAGCUCACGUAUCGCUCACUGCUCAGGGUCUGCUGCCGUGAGCUGGACAUCAGUAUGGAGCAUGUGGAGAAGAUUCGCAAGCUGCCAAACACUAUGUUGAGAAAGGACAAAGAUGUCGCCCGGCUGCAGGACUUCCAGGAGCUGGAGGUUGUCCUGGAGAAAUCUGAGGGCUUGUCUUUCUUCUCCAGCACAGGGAGCUUGACCGACAGACCCUGCUACAACAUGAAGGCCUCCCGCCUCACCUACUAGUGCACCCCAACAGAGUUUCCCUGCUUCUUAUGGGCUUGUGUAGCUGCCCCUCGAGCAGCCAUUACCCAGUUGCCUGCCAGAUCUCUUGUCAAGCUUUGUUCAGCUGGGGUGUUCUGCCAAAUUUCCUGAAUGGGAUUUCAUUUAUCAAGUUUGCCACCUAUUGUCCUCUUCCUGGCCCUUUCGCUGCUUUAGUGUUCCCAACGAGCUGUUAGAGACCUGAUCCAUGGCGGCUUGGAUAUUUGGCCCCAUCUCUUCUUCCCAGUGCACUUUGUGCCAAGGAUUCAGAGGAACAACAUGGAGUAGGUCAGGGACUUUGGCCUGUUAUUCUGUUGGCUGAACGGGUUCUGUAGUAGCCUUAUUUGGACGUUUCAAUCUGCAAACUUUGAACAAAGGUCUGAUUUUAAUCUGGUUUGCUUGUUGAAACAUUUUCGAGUUGGCUUACUUACACACCUUCAUACAUGGUGUCGCUUUAGUGUCUUUGCUCCAGAGGGGACUUCUAUUAGUUUUGUGAUCUUUUUUUGGAUUGGUCAUUUUAGCUGCUGUCUACACACAAGUGGACAUAAAGAACACUUUAGAAAGGAACAGUUAUAUUCAUCUUUAAAGUUAUUUGGUGAAUUGGACCUUUUUUUGGUAUGAUGCUUUUGUUGAAACUUUUAGAAACCGGUUCUGCUGAAUCAGCUCAAUGGAUCGAAUGAUGAACAAACUGUCAGAAAGGAAUGCAACUGUGCAAGUUUUCAGUUGUAUUUUAGUAACCCGCUUAUUAAGACAUGCGGAACCGUGGAACAAAAUGCUCAAUUAUUCCAACUAUAUCAUUCUACGAAAAGUGAAUUCAUGAACAAUUUACAACGUUUUUGCCGACAUUUUUAAUAUUUUUUCUUUUUUUUCAAAUGGUAGCUUAACAAGAUAACACUAGUUUGACAUGACUUUAACCUGCACUGACAAGAUGAUUAUAUUAUUAUUAAUAUUUACUAUAUUUGAAGAGGGCACGUGGAGCACCAACUUCUGUUAAAUGAGAAUUCUUAUGCUGCUUCCAUCAUUGCAUUCUUUUAAAGGUGGGGCCCAUUUUCCUGACAUUGCACAUCCUACAAUCGAAUAGUUCUUCUCCCAGUAAUAACUGUUUACUGUUCAAAGGUAUACCUGAAGCUCUUACUUGUAUUUCUAUGGUUGACGAUAUAUAUUUUUAUUAAUAAGCAUAGUUUUUUUUCUUCUUUUAACCAGGUAGGCCUGUUUGUGUCAAAACAUUUAUGGUGUAAGCUGAACAGAUGAAGAAAAGUGCAAUUUGAGGUAAAGACAAUGUGAGUCGAAGGCUUUAUUGAAGCAAAGACAAGUGAGGCGGAUGAGAGGUAUGUUUGAUCAAGGACUAACAGUAUUUGUAGGGUAGUUUAUCAUUCUAUAGGGAAAGCAGAUGACAUUUUGACCUAACCUAUGCAUCCAGAGUCUGAUAUUUUUAUAAACGAUACAUCCUGUGUACUUGCAGAUGUAAUCGUAGGCACUGUUAAAGCUGUUUUGUUUUGUUUUGGAGACCUGUAUGUGUUCUUUGAUAAAGCAUGAUGAAUGGCUUCA